GUUGCAACAUGUUCCUGUAGAGAGUCACCCGUAAAGGAAACUCUGAGCAGACUUCACAACAGUGAGGUUGUGUCAGACAUCAUGGGAGACUCGGACACGGCCGGACGGGCCUUUAGUCGCAGGAGGGCCGGUUUCUCUGCGGACGGGAGGUCUGCGGCGGCGUGUCGGAGCUCAGGGACCGCUGACGGUACCCGGGACAAGGGCCACGGAGAACGGGACCGGUCCCUGGAGACAGUCCGGUCCAAGUCAAAGGGUGAAGAACACAAAGCUCGGAGCGACAUCAGUGACAGACUGACUUGUCAUAAGACACAGGAGUCCCUGCUGAGUUCAACCAGUGGUUACAAUAACUACAGAGGAAUCCUCAACUGGUGUGUGGUCAUGCUGGUGUUGAGUAAUGCUCGCCUCUUCUUAGAAAACUUGUUAAGGUACGGGGUUUUGGUGGACCCUAUUCAGGUGCUUUCCUUGUUUCUGACUGAUCCCUACAGCUGGCCAGCAGCAUGCCUGGUAAUUGUGUCCAAUGUGUUCGUUCUGGUGGUUCUCUACACAGAAAGGCAGCUGUCGAAGGGUUCACUCACUGAACUUGUGGGAUUUCUGGUCCACUGCAUUAACAUGACAAACAUGCUAACACUCCCUGCAGCAGUGGUUCUAUUGGUCCCUUCCAUGACCCCAGUUGGCGGUGCCUUCGUUCUUGGUACCUACACCAUCCUCUUCCUAAAGCUUUACUCCUAUAAGGACGUCAACAAGUGGUGCAGAGAGCUGAGCACGGUCAAAGCCAAGAAAUUGGCCAGGUCGGUGUCUUGUCCCUCAGUACAGCACCUCAAUGGAGGCGACUGUAAGGUGUGUUACCCUGGCAACCUCACGAUCAGAGACAUGUACUACUUUGUCUUUGCUCCAACUCUGUGCUACGAGCUCAACUUCCCUCGCUCUCCUAAUGUUCGCAUGAGUUUCCUGCUGAGGAGACUGUUGGAGAUGCUGUUCUUCAUCCAAAUGUUAGUUGGUCUCACUCAACAGUGGAUGAUUCCCAUCAUUCAAAGUUCCAUGAAACCACUAGAGGACAUGGAUCUGUCCAGGAUGACUGAGAGACUUCUAAGAUUAGCUGUUCCUAAUCACUUGCUGUGGCUGAUGUUUUUCUACGGGUUCUUCCACUCGUCCAUGAACUUCACCGCUGAGCUGCUGCGUUUUGGAGACAGACAGUUCUACAAGGAUUGGUGGAACUCUGAGACGGUGACAUAUUUCUGGCAGAACUGGAACAUCCCUGUACACAAGUGGUGUCUAAGACACUUUUACAAGCCGCUGCUUAGGAGAGGAUUUAGUAAAAUAGUCAGCCAAUCAGCUGUCUUCUUCUUGUCGGCUUUCUUCCAUGAGUACUUGGUCAGUGUUCCUCUCAGGAUGUUCAGACUUUGGGCCUUCAUGGGCAUGAUGGCACAGCUCCCAUUAGCCUGGAUUGUUGGUCGCUUCUUGCACGGUAACUACGGCAACGCUGCGGUGUGGAUCUCAAUCAUCAUUGGUCAGCCAUUCGCCGUCCUGAUGUACGUCCACGACUACUACGUCCUGCAUCACAGACAGGAGGCUGACUGAUGUGCACAUACACACACACACACACACACUGAUCAUAGUGUGUUUAAAUUAGACAUCUUGGCCAUCUUAUCGCAUCGAAUUUAAUGUUUUUCUUCCUAUAAAAAUGUGUCUUUAAGUUGGGAAAGGAAAGAAUAACUCAAACAAAAAAAAAAUUGAAUCUUGAAACAACACUGUAGAGUAGGGUGGAAGGCCUCUCAAGUGAUAUAAUUAUGCAGCUUUCACUCAGGUGAUUUUUCUUCUCUGAUGGGCAGCUUGGGUACUGUAUGAUGUUUUGUUCCUCUUUGGCUGUGUUCAUGGCCAGUAUAAUGACUGUGGCUGCAUUUAUCAAUUGACUUCAUGAUUGAAGUGCUUUAAUAAAGUUGUUUUUAGAGAUUUAUGAUCCACUGUGUUUCCUCUUCAUGAGCCAAAGGGGCUUAAUCUCUCUGGUUUUAAUGUAAAUGGAACGCCACUAAGAAGAAUUGAUGUAUGCUGGUACUAUUUUAUUAAUGUACGUUUUUUAUGUAUGAUGUUUUACUUUGUCAGUUAUAAAAAGGCCAGCUUACUAUAUGUCUGUAUUUUUUCUUUUUACCUUAGUGCCAUUACAAUAAUACAGCACACAUCCGAUUGUGCAUUACAUUUUGUGUAUUAUUCUUAUUUUCUUAUUAGGGGAAAAAACAGAUGGUACGCAAAAUCACUGAAUUAGUAUGUUUUUAUUGUCAUGCUGCUAUCUCAUUGGACUGUUGCCAAGUAAUGUCUAAUGAUGCGUCUAAAUACAAUCUGUGUGUCUGAUAAUAAACAU